GCCGGCACUAUGGUGCGCAUGAACGUUCUGGCCGAUGCUCUCAAGAGCAUCAACAACGCAGAGAAGCGUGGGAAACGCCAGGUGCUCAUCAGGCCCUGCUCCAAGGUCAUCGUCCGCUUCCUCACCGUCAUGAUGAAGCACGGUUACAUUGGGGAAUUUGAGAUAAUUGAUGAUCACAGAGCUGGGAAGAUUGUUGUCAAUCUCACAGGCAGACUCAACAAGUGUGGUGUCAUCAGUCCCAGAUUUGAUGUUCAGCUGAAGGAUUUGGAAAAGUGGCAGAACAACCUGCUGCCUUCACGUCAGUUUGGGUACAUUGUACUGACAACCUCAGCUGGCAUCAUGGACCACGAGGAGGCUAGGCGAAAACACACAGGAGGCAAAAUCCUGGGAUUCUUUUUCUAAAGCUUGUUAAAAAAGAGGAGACUAAUAAACGGCUCAGACGGA